AUAGCUAUGACCAAUUGUGCAUACCCGGAACCUUUGUGAUGGACAUCGUUUCCCAGCGGAAGAAAAUUAGUCAGGUACUCCGGGAGAAUUGGCUGUCUAUGGAAUGACUGCAACACCGAAGUGAAAACUCACAACUUUUGUCCAAAGAAAUACCCUGAUAUGGCUGGAGUGGACAUGGAUCCGGAGGUAGCACGGGGGUUGUUUGAAGAGGGAGCUACACUUGUCCUGCUUGACGUGCCUGAAGGAACGGAGUUGGGUAUCGACUACAAAAGUUGGCAGGUUGGCCCUCGCUUCCGUGGCAUAAAGAUGAUUCCUCCAGGGCUUCACUUUCUCCAUUACAGCUCCUCAAAUCCCAAGAGCAUGGGCGGUGAAAUAGGUCCCAAGAUGGGUCUCUUCCUUUCCCUGAAGCCACGGGAGCUUAUUCUGGCCCACUGGGACAGAAAGGAGGAAGAUUUGGACUUUUCUGCUUCUCAGAAUGUGGAGGAAGUGGAGCGCGUAAAAGCAGGGCUUCGGGAACUUGACCCUUUCCUGGGACCGUAUCCAUACGACACUUUGCGCAAGUGGGUGUCCCUGACGGACCGCAUCACCCAGGAGGUCGCGGAAGCGCUGCAGCCCUUGAACGGCCGCGUGUGCGCCUUUAGCGACGUGGUGCCCGAGUUGCAGUUGACCCACACUCGAGACCGCGCCGAGCAGAACCUGCCCCGCAACGACACCGCUUGUCAGAACAUGAAAGAAGGGUUGGACAGGCUGCCCCGUAUGAAACAGAGGGAGGGUACCGAACUGCGCUUCUCUCACAUACCCCAGAAAAUGUACCCUCCCGGGGCAACGCCUGCUCAGAUCACCCAGUGUAGCAUGGAUCUCAGCUACGCCCUCAACUGUCUUCUGGAGCAGCACUACCCUCAGCAGCCGCUUAGCGUACUAGGUGAGCUGCAGUUUGCUUUCGUGUGCUUCCUCCUCGGGAAUGUGUAUGACGCGUUCGAGCACUGGAAGAGUCUGCUGUCGAUUCUGUGCCGUUCCGAGGAGACCAUGCGCACGCACAAGGAGCUGUUCCUGGGUCUCAUCAGCAUGCUGUACCACCAGCUCGGAGAGAUCCCGCCGGACUUCUUUGUGGACAUUGUCUCCCAGAAUAAUUUCCUCACCACCACCCUGCAGGACUUUUUCCAGUUCGCCACUGGGCCCGGGAUGGACAGCACGCUUCGGAAGAGGGCGGAGAAGUUCAAAGUUCAUCUGACCAAGAAGUUCCGCUGGGACUUUGAGGCUGACCUUGACGACUGCGCCCCAGUGGUGGUCGAGCUCCCUGAGGGAGUCACUCUAGACUGAUGGGUGUGUGUGUGCCUGCGCCUGUGUGCUUGCCUGCGUGUGUGUGUGUGUGUGUGUGUGUGUGUAUCUAUUUGGAUACACGGAUGUGUGUUUAUGUGUACACCUCCCUUUGGGCCUUAAUCGUCACCAGUUACUCAUAGCAUUCUCUUACACACCCCUAAAAUGGGUCCCGUUCCAGGCCUGUGGAUCGGAUUCUCUCUCAUAUCAAAAACUGGAGGGGCAGAGGGAGUGUUCAAAUUAUUCCAUAAUGGAAUGUUUGAAAGUUUAUACAAAUUUAAAAGUCGAAAAAUGUGCCAUGUGUUUUUUGUUUGUUUGUUUUCUUGUCUUGGCCUUUCAUGAUCAGCAAAACCAGGGAAGGGGAUUUCUGCUAAUUGUACAGAUGUUUUUUCUUACAACUUCUCUAGUAAACUCUAGCUUUUAUUUGAUGACUUGCUUAUCUACUAAUUGAACACAAACCCAUCUUUUGCCCGUACCAUUCCCAUUACAAUCUAAAGUGAUGAUAAAGCAAUCAAUUCCCUGCCAUUCCCUGGACAUUCCUUGUAAUAAAGUUUUUUUGUUGUUUAA